CCAACUUUUACAUGUAUUUACCCACCACCGUCUUGUAAGUCAACAGUAUAAGUGUAAAUAUUAUUGCAAGUGUUAUUAGACGUAAUAUAUUUCUGUAUUUUUCAGGUAAUUAAUAACACGUACGAUGCUAAUCAAGAAGUUAUUAAUCCAGGAGGCACUAUUUUUGAACACUGCAGUAAGGAAUCAUGGAUCCAUGUCCCAUUCCAAUCAAUGUUUGCAAACUCCAAGAAAGCAAUGAAACAAAAAUUGAAGAAACAUUUAAAGAAAUCCACGAAAAGUUUAUUAAAGUACAGCAAGAAUCUAAAUCCUUAAGAGUAGAAGUGAAAAAAAUGGAACAUGAGGUAUCACGAUUGGAAAAAGAAGAGCACUGCUUAGAGUCAAAAAACAAAGUACUGGAAGAAGAAAUUGCACAAUUAAGAUCACAAACAGAAGAAGCUGUGAACGCAGAGGAGUUGUUAAAAUGGAAAAUGUACAAAAUUAAUUUGAUAAGAGAAUUUGAACAGAAAAAUAAUGAGCCUGCAUAUAAAAUAAUUCAGGAGCAGAAAGAACAUUCUGAAGAUGUUGUUAUUGAAACUGAGGAAAUCGAUCAAAUACCGGUACCAAUUGAAAAGGGAUACGUUAGUGAAAUGGAGGCAAAAAUUGCUCAGUUGAAAGACGAAAUAGAAAAAGAAAAACAGAAUAUUCAAAUGACCGAUCCCAAAUUGCUUACAAAUAUGAAAAUGUUGGAAAAGAGAAAUGCAGCUUUACUGAUACGAUAUCAACGGCAGAUUGGAGAAGCUACUCGGAGAUACAGGCAAACGCUGGCAGAGGUGAAUAGUUUGAAGAGAAUCUUGGCGGUAAAAAGUUCUAUGCUUGCAGAUACAUGUGAUCCUGCCCCAAAGAAGUGAAACUCAAGUUUUUGUUUAAAUGGAUCAAAUCUAAAAUUAUU